UGCCCUUCAAGUUUACUGCUAAGUCUACUGCGUACGAACACAGUAAUGGGUGAGUGAGACUUUGAUAGAAGAGGACUUGGCUUGGUUAUAUAUACAAACCACGGUUUGCUCCGCAUGCAUCUUUACAUCAUGGUGAAAAUUCUUUAUCUCUCCCCCCAAAGUGUAUAGUUGGGGCGCUGCUCGCUUCUUGUUCUCAUAAACCAUUUACUCGGCUGGAAUCUAGCAGCCGUAUUACAGAGUUCACAUGGCUUUCUUUCAUCCGAACCUGAUGGCGCUCUACUGGUACUUGUUGUUGGCCACGCUCAUCCUCCAAAGCAGCACUUGCCAAUCAGCAGGCACCACCAUGAAUCCGAGCAACGUCACCGAUGAAUCCGCCUUGCUCUCCUUCAAGUCCAGAGUCGCUCACGACCCUUAUGCUGUCUUGUCGAGCUGGACCCCUAACGUCUCCUUCUGCGCAUGGAAGGGAGUCUGGUGCAGCAGACGUAGGCAGCGAGUUGUAGAACUGAAUCUGACAGGGAUGGCCCUCGAAGGUACUCUCUCUCCGGGCAUCGCCAACCUCUCCUUCCUGCGCGUUCUAUCUCUCGCAAACAACUCCUUCCACGGAGACCUUCUUUCCGUCGAGUUCGACCGCUUGUUUCGCUUGAGAGUUCUCCGUCUGUCACUCAACGAACUGGAAGGGACCAUUCCCCAGAGCUUGGGCCGUUGCUCCAGUCUAGAAAGCCUGCUUCUCCCCUACAACAAGUUGACAGGCAGCAUCCCGCCCUGGUUAGGGGGUCUACCAAACCUGAAUACUUUGUCCCUCAGUGAUAACUUGCUUGGUGGCACCAUCCCUCCGGCUUUGGGGAACAUGUCGAAGCUUCAAAUUCUUGUUUUGACUCAAAACAACUUGGCCGGAGACAUACCAGGCGCUCUCGGAGAGUUGUCGAAUCUCAACCGCCUGUCGAUCGGUCUGAAUAAGCUCACCGGCGCCAUCCCCCGGACGCUCGGAAACCUUUCAGCGCUUCAAACCCUUGAGUUGUACGACAACGGCCUAUCAGGGGAGAUACCAUACGAGUUGGGAGGCAUUUCCGGCCUGCAGUUCCUGAAUCUUGGGUGGAACUUUUAUGAGUCCACGGUUCCAUCCUCUAUCUUUAACAUCUCUUCUCUUCAAUCUCUAAGAUUAUCCUACGGCCGCCUGUUCGGCCAGCUCCCGGCCAACAUCGGCCAGACACUCCCAAAUCUUGAAUUUCUUGCCCUGGCGACCAACAAUUUCAGCGGCCGUCUGCCUGCCUCCCUCGCCAAUGCUUCCAUGCUUAGAACGAUCGACAUUGGAAUCAACAGCUUCGACGGCCCGAUGCCAAUGGAAUUGGGCAACUUGCCAAACCUCGAAAAACUGAAAAUCUGGGAAACCGACGUGAACAACGCGCCUGGUGACCCGGAGCUUUCCUUCCUUAACUCUUUAACCAAGUGUAGACUUCUUAAGGUCCUCGCUCUGUCUGGGAACCGAUUAAGAGGCACCCUUCCAGCUUCGAUCGGCAACCUAUCGACCAACCUCCAAGAACUCUAUCUGUCUGAGAACCAGAUUCAAGGUAGAAUCCCUUACGAGAUAGCGAACCUGACGAACUUGAUCUUCUUGGCCAUGGGCAGCAACAACUUCAAUGGCGUCAUUCCUGAAAGCAUCGGGGAGCUGAGGAACCUGCAGAAGCUAUCCUUUUACGAUAACAUGCUUCACGGAUCCAUCCCGAACCAACUUUAUAGUUUGGGAAACUUGGGCGAGUUGUACCUUAACGAAAAUCAACUUUCUGGGUCGAUAUCGGAUGCGGUACAAAAUCUCACCAACCUCGUCUGGUUGGUUCUCCGGUCCAACAACCUAUCAUCUGCCUUCCCUUCUGGACUCUGGAAAUUGGAGAAUCUAGGUCAUGUCCAUCUCUCACAGAACUUUUUAACUGGGUCACUACCAACUGAUGUUGUGCGCAGCUCAGCCUCACUCAGCUAUCUAGAUCUCUCAGCAAACAAGCUAUCAGGGAGCCUGCCCGGUGAACUGUCAAAGUUGCAGAUGCUUCAGACCCUUAACCUCUCAUGGAACUCCUUCCAAGGCCUAAUUCCACCCACUUUUGGCGGUUUGGUAGCCAUUGAAACCAUAGACCUCUCCCAUAAUUCCAUCGAUGGCACAAUUCCGGAGUCACUGGCAUCACUUAAAAAUCUCCAGUUCUUGGACCUUUCUUUCAACCAAUUGGAAGGGGAAAUACCUAACCAUGGUAUAUUUACGAAGCUGAACGCCGACUCACUUAAGGGAAACCCUGCUCUUUGUGGAGCACCAAAGUUCCAAGUACGUCCUUGCCCAACAAGAUCAAAUCGAAAGACAAAAGCCCGCACCAUUGCUGCAUGCGUUGUUGCAGGAAUCUUAGUAGGAACCAUUUCGUGCGUAUUGUCUCUAAUAUUGUGUCGUAGAAAGAGGACGAAAACGCGGGUUCCUGAAGACGAUUCACCAAGAAUCGGGCGUCCGAUCGUCUCCUACCUCGAGCUAUCACGUGCUACUGAGAGCUUCAGCGAGAAAAACCUGCUCGGCAGCGGCAGCUUCGGCUCGGUGUACAGAGGAACCCUUUACGAUGGAACGGUUGUUGCGGUGAAGGUCUUGGAUAUGCACGUAGAGGGAGCAAACAAGACUUUCGAUGCAGAAUGCGAGGUGCUCCGCAAGGUGAAACACAGAAAUCUGGUGAAGAUCAUAACUGCGUGUACCAAUCUCGAAUUCAGGGCUUUGGUUUUCGAGUACAUGCCCAACGGGAACCUGGACGAAUGGCUGUUCUCCGGUGGCGGCCGCCGACGUUUGAAUCUCCUUGAGAGAGUGGAUAUCAUGGUCGACGUAGCGUGCGCGCUAGAAUAUCUGCAUCACGAUCAUCCGGAGCCGAUCGUUCACUGUGAUUUAAAGCCGAACAACAUCCUUUUAGACGACAACAUGACGGCACAUGUUGCCGACUUUGGAAUUGCGAAGAUGCUGUUGGGGAACAAGUCUUCGACUCUCACCUCUGCUCUUGGCACCAUGGGCUAUAUCGCACCAGAGUUCGGGUUGGCCGGGAAAGUGACAGCCAAAGUGGAUGUCUAUAGCUACGGCAUCUUGCUGCUGGAGACUUUGACAGGAAAGAGGCCUACCGAUGCCAUGUUUGGUGGAGAUUUAAGCCUGCGUCAAUGGGUGGCGGCGGCUUUUCCAAGUGCAAUAUCCAACAUAGUGGACGACUCUCUUCUUCUUCUUCAUCAUGAUGCUGUGAACAAUAGUGCCAGUGAUAAGCAGAGAUCAGGGACGGAUGAUUCGUUGGUGCUCCAUGAAAUCCUCGUGCCGAUCAUGGAGAUAGGAUUGUCGUGUUCGGAGGAAACUCCAGAAGAUAGGAUGACCAUGCGAGAAGUGGUAGCAAGUUUGAAGAGAGUAAGAGGUAAGAUGCAAGAUCUGCGAGUGUUUCCAAGCACGAGUGCUACCGCCGUUUGAAUAUUUGAAGCUCUGAAACGCAGAGUGGUUGGUGCGAAAAGGCAUAAAACAGGAAUAUAAAGAAAUAAUCUAACGUGGCCGGAUAAUUCCUGAACUACGGAAGGCCGUGUGGACCUUUCCAUAGAGUGGCGCUGUGAUUCAUAUAGCAAUCUCAUAAUAAAUGUCUCUCCUUAUGUUAAGAAGUAGGGAAUUGAAAUCUUCAUGCUGCCACGCAUUGCCGGAUUACAAAAAUAUUUAAGAACUGUCACUAAAAACGAUGUUUUGGCAAUAUUUGUUUGUAUAGUGACAGUUUAUAGUACUAAAAGCACAAUUUAUGCAUGGUUUGUUUGGAUGGAGGAAAAGAAAAGGAAUGAAAGAGAUUAUUAUAAAGGUGGAUUGGUUAGAAAAAAGUGAGCAAUUAUUUCUUUUUUUUUUACAUCUUAAUCCUUUCAAUUUAGAAGGGAUUGGAUUUACAUUCAAUUAUCAUUUAACAUGUCUUUUAUUUUUAUUUAUUUUUCUGUUAACUAACCAAACACAAUAUUGACUAUCAUUUUCAUUCCCAUUCCCUCCCUCUAAACAAGCCGGUAGCGGAGGAGCAAGGGGUUGGCACGUGCCAUGGCCACCCCGUGCACAUUUUAGAAAUUUAAAAUUUACACAUUAAUUUUUUUUUAAAAUGUGAGUUUGGCCCCUAAAACUUUUGAAAAAUUAAUAAGUGUAGCCUUUGUGAAAAUUUUUGAAAAGUUAUAUUUAUUUUGUCAAAUGAUUGUUCCGCCUCUCAAAGAGCGAAAUCCUGGUUUUUUUAGGUAUGACUUAAAUAUUUAGUCAACAGUCACAAUUAGUAAACAGGCUAUUGUCUGCAAACAUGAAAAAAAGGUUAAAUGCUAGACAUAUGGUUGCAGUUGCGGACGGUAACAUAGAAUAUUAUUCAUUGCCUCAGCAACGAAAGCACCAUGUCCGACAGUUUAAGGAGCAAAAGAGAAAAAUAGAAAGAAUAAAAAAAACUUAAAACCAAUAAGUAAGAAAAAUGGUGACUGUGGUGCGCAAUGGUAAGACACAUGUGGGCUUGUCCAGGCAGUUGCAGGCAGUUGCUCACACAGUUCCACAAAUUUUAUUCAUUUAUAUGUUGGUUGGCCCCGUCCAUUGUGUUCCACAAAUUUUAUUCAUUUAUAUGUUGGUUGGCCCCGUCCAUUCAGCUUAUUUAUAUAUUAGUAUCUUCUAAUCAUUUUCUUUGAUCAUUUUAGUAUGUGCUGAUGAGUCUAAAGUUUCAUGAAAUGGAGCCCUUUUGUCUUCACCACUAGUGGCGCAAGGGGCAAUCCAUAGUUUGCAAUGGUUUUACUUGGUAGCUUUCCACACAUUUUGAAGGAUGUCAUCUUCAGUAUUCAGUAUGUAAGUUUCGGGUGAGCCCCCCGCUUUGUGGUGCUUUGAGGUAUGUGCUCCUGCUAUAAACUACUUGCAUAUCGGUGCCCUUUUUUUUUUCAGCACAAACAGUUGAUGCCACGAGAGAUCGAAACGGAGACUAGGCGCCUACCAUUCCCCAUCGCAGCGGUUGCACCAACCCCCUCAGCAAUCUUCAGUAUGUAAGUUAGUAAGUUAGUGUUUGGUAAGAAGAGUACUAACACAGUAUUUCAUAAAUACUUCUCAAAAAAAUCAAGGCGAAUUCAAACCCAAUCUUUACGAUGGAUUCAUGAAACAACAAUGUUAGUGUUUUUUUUAUUAAAAACCCCUAAGUAUGCGUCUCUACUAUUUACUUCAGUUGCUCGCUACUUUUUUUUUUUAUGAUAUAUCUUGAAUCGUGUUAAGUAUGCUAUUGUUCAAGGAAAGUUGGUUGGCGGUCAGGAUUAUGCUCUCCCUUGGUUGGAGGCUGCUGCUUCUUCUCUAUUGUAACAACAAUGACCACUGCCCACUUUAGAAUGGGUCUGCUCUCCUAUCCAAUAUCGGAUAUCUAAUUGUGGACCCAGAUAUGUAAUUGAUCAUCAAGUCUUAGCCCCGUUAAAGUGAUAUUCUUGAGUUGUGCAAUAUGUCAUCCAAUAUGAUAUAGGGUUUCAUAAUGUGUAGAGCCUCUUUUGUCCAUUUCUAACUUUAUGAUAGACAUCGGGAAACGUACUACUAGAAAGUUUAAAGAAGGUUAUGGUCACCAAAGGCACUACAGUUAUCGGUUUUAGUUUUUCUCUCUGGUCACAAGAGAAGAAGAAAUCUUGUUUUUUUCAGGGGAAGCUUUGGAAGAUGAAGAACCAUUAGGCCUUUACUUCAUACAUGCAUUUAGGCACCCUUCCAUAUUUCUUUCUUUAUAAUUAAUACGCGUGAAUAUGAUGUAAGUUAGAUUAUGUUCGUCAUUCAUAAAGUAUAAGUUGUUUCCAUUGAAAUUUUUCCGUCAACGUGGUAUCAGAGUCACCAUUCACGUUUAUGGUCGUAUUUAGUAAAAUUCUUCAGAAAUUUUUCCAGUUUUCUUCCACUUUACAAAGCCCUUUGGUUGAAAAGAGCAAUGAUAAAAGGUUAGAAUACUGCCACCAUUACCAACAAUGUUCACCAUUCGGUCGAAAGAGGGAGAACGCUGCCAUCUAUCUUUCGGUCAGGACAGGAAAAGAGAGGUAGGCAACGUUGUUAUUAGGGGAUUUACUCUUUCUUUUCUAUAUUGGACAAAUGGGGGAGGCUGGUACAAGCAGUGGUUCUCUCUCUAUUCUCUCCUUGACCCUCUAUAUUCAGACAAAAGGGAGGAAAACCAUCUUCUUGAUCGUCUGGCGUAGGAAGGAAGAAAAAGCUAGAAACAACUCUUUCUCUCUCCGGCCCCACCCCCUCUUCUUUCUCUCUCUCUCUCUCUCUGUGUGUGUGUGUGUGUGUGUGUGUGUGUGUUUUUGGGUUUUAUACUGUCCCUUAGCAUGUUAUGUGUG